UGUGUGUGUGCGUGCAUUGAAACCAAGCAGAAGAGGAGGGACAAAGGCGGGUGAGGGAUAAAUAUCCCCCCUGCUGUUCCUCCACGCAUCACUUGCUAUCUCACUUCAUCUUCUCACAAAGGAUCAACUCAGAUAGUCAAGAUGCCGGAGAAAGCGCCUGAGGUAAGACCUUCAACAUGGUGUUCAGCAUGUUCGACCGCACUGACCGCCUUAUUGUUUCUUGCAGAAUAAAUCGAAAAUCUCAGCUUCUCGCAAGCUCAUGCUGAAGAGCUUGAUGGUGGCCAAGGCCAAAGAGGAUCUAGAACAGGAACUGGUAGAGAAAGAGAAGCAGAAGGAAAAGUACCUGGAGGAAAAAGCACCUCCCAUAAAUAUCAACUCCAUGAGCUUGGAGGAAUUGCAGAAGCUUUGUGAAGAACUGCACUCCAAAAUCGACGUGGUGGAUGAGGAACGCUACGACAUUGAGGCCAAAGUCACGCACAAUACCCGAGAGAUCAAAGACCUGAACAUCAAGGUUCUGGACCUGCGAGGAAAGUUCAAGCGACCCAACCUUCGGCGGGUGAGGGUGUCGGCCGACGCCAUCCUUCGCUCGCUGCUGGGCUCCAAGCACAAAGUGUCCUUGGAUCUGCGAGCUAACCUCAAGUCAGUCAAGAAGGAAGACACGGAGAAGGAGAAGACUGCGGAAGUGGGCGACUGGCGAAAGAACGUAGAGGCCAUGUCGGGUAUGGAAGGACGCAAGAAGAUGUUUGACGCCCAGGCUCCCGCCCAGUAGAUCUCAUUACUGAAUAAACCAUCUCAGUUCGUUUCAGUCCUGCAGACGGCGAGAUGCUGAGCGCUCA